GUUUGUGAUCACAUGCCCAAAGAAAGAGGGUGAUCCAAAAUGAAAGCACAAGUCAUCUUAUGAACAGAGGAAGAAGCCCGCAGAGAUUCUACAGAGACCAAUGGCUGCUACUCUGGUCUCUUCCCAAGCUUACAUCUACCAUUGUCACUUGACCAAACGAACUCUUAUUCAGACAAAAGAACCAUACUCUCCUCGCAGGUUGUCCCGUCAUAAUCACAUAGAAACACAUGUUCUUUCUCCUCGCACUUGGACUCUAACGAUAAGUAGAAAACAUCAUCGACCUCUGUCUCUCAACACCGUGUGUUUUGCUGCAGACGAGCCUUCUCCCUCUUCCUCAUCCGAAAUCAGUGCUGAUGCAAGAAUCCGUAGCGAGGUUCUGUCUCCAUUCAGAUCAGUCCGUAUGUUCUUCUACCUCGCCUUCAUAGCCAGCGCUUCCUUAGGUGGACUAAUAGCCACCUCAAGGCUUAUAGGUGCACUAGCGAACCCCUCGAGAUCAGGUGAGGUUCUUGAGAUAGUAAAAGGUCUAGGCAUCGACGUUGGUGCGGCUUCUCUCUUUGCGUUCCUCUACUUCCGUGAGAACAAGACCAAGAACGCUCAAAUGGCUAGGCUCUCUAGGGAAGAGAAUCUAGCAAAGCUUAAAAUGAGGGUCGAGGAGAAUAACAAGGUUAUAUCCGUGGGUGAUCUGAGAGGGAUCGCUAGGCUUGUGAUCUGCGCUGGUCCUGGGGGUUACAUAGAAGAAGCGUUUAAGAGAAGUAAAGAGUUUACUCAGGGGCUUGUUGAGAGAGGUGUGGUUGUUGUGGCUUAUGCUACUGAUGGGAACACUCCGGUUUUGGAGUUUGAUGAGACUGAUAGUGAGGAUGAAGAAGUGAGUCAGAGUAGGAGGAGAUUGUGGCGUGUGGCUCCAGUUUUUGUUUCGGAAUGGGAAAGGUGGUUAGAUGAGCAGAAGAAGCUUGCUGGUGUGUCUUCAGACUCUCCGGUGUAUUUGUCACUACGUUUAGACGGGCGUGUAAGAGGAAGUGGAGUGGGUUAUCCUCCAUGGCAAGCCUUUGUUGCACAGCUUCCUCCGGUUAAGGGAAUCUGGACCGGUCUUCUUGACGGUAUGGAUGGUAGAGUGUAAAUAUUUUCAAGAUUAGGGACCCUUAUUGUAUACUUUUAAGGGGGAAUGUAAAGUUAUGGAAAUAUUUUUUUAACUCGAAAAUUAUUAUUUUGGUAAUUUAAAUUUAUGAAGCGGUAUGGUUGAAGA